AGUCUUGUCUAUUCUAGUUCUAGUUUUAAAGAACCUGUGUGAGGCUUACCUGCAAGAGAGAGAUCAGACACUCGUACUCUGCAAGGAGCACAAGAGGAAACUGGAGCUCUUCUGUCAGGAUGAUCAGGAGCUUGUGUGCCUGGUGUGUCGAGACUCAAAAUUACACAAAACUCACAACUUCAGUCCUGCUGGAGAAGCAGCCUCUGAGAUGAAGGAGGAGCUCAAGGCCAAACUGCAGCCUCUACAGGAGAAACUGAAGGAGUUUGAGGAAGCUAAAGUUACCUGUGAUGAAACAGCUGAGUACAUUAAGACUCAAACCCUGAAUACAGAGAAGCAGAUCAAGGUGGAGUUUGAGAAGCUUCACCAGUUUCUCCGAGAUGAAGAGGCAGCCAGGAUAGCUGCACUGAUGGAGGAAGAGGAGCAGAAGAGUCAGAUGAUGAAGGAGCAGAUUGAGAAGAUGAGCAGAGAGAUCUCAUCUCUUUCAGACUCAAUCAGAGCCAUAGAGGAGGAGAUGGGAGCUAAUGACAUCAUAUUCCUGCAGAACUACAAGAGCACAGUGGAAAGAGCCCAGUGCACACUGCAGGAUCCAGAGAGGGUUUCAGGAGCUCUGAUCAAUGUGGCAAAGCACCUGGGCAACCUGAAGUUCAGAGUCUGGGAGAAGAUGCAGGAGACUGUUCAGUACACUCCUGUGACUCUGGAUCCCAACACUGCACACCCAAAACUCAUCCUGUCUGAGGAUCUGACCAGUGUGAGAUGUGGUGAUGUGAGACAGCAGCUUCCUGAUAACCCAGAGAGAUUUGAUACGUAUGGCAGUGUGCUGGGCUCUGAGGGCUUUAACUCAGGGACUCACUGCUGGGAUGUGGAGGUUGGAGAGAACACAUACUGGGAUGUGGGUGUGAAGGCAGAGUCGACCCAGAGGAAGGGAGUAUAUGGCUGUGGUGUGAGUGGAGAGUGGACUGUGUAUUAUAAAGAUGGUAAAUAUGGAGCAGGUGCUGCACCACAGCCUGACACUCUCCUCACAGUGCAGCAGAAACUCCAGAGGAUCAGAGUGCAGCUGGACUGGGACAGAGGAGAGCUGUCAUUCUCUAACCCUGAUAAUAACACACACCUACACACUCUCACACACACUUUCACUGAGAAAGUGUUUCCAUUCCUUAAUGGCUGUAAGGUGUCUCCUCUGAGGAUCCUCCCAGUGAAGGCCUCAGUAAGAGUAGAGCAGCACAGAUAGAGCUGAUUCUGCCUCUUCACCAGAACUGAUUCACAGAGAGGGAAGCUUGAGAAAACUGUAUGAUAAAAACAAGGCCAAGUGAACACUGCACUAGUGCCCCCUCAUAUGAUAAUGUGAAGCUGAACUGCUGUGUUUUAAAUGAGUGAAGACUUAGAUAAACUUAAAUAAACUGAUCAUGUGAUUUUUACCUUUUGUUUUAUUGAUUUGUUUUAAUUCAGAGGAUCAGAGUGCAGCUGGACUGGGGCAGAGGAGAGCUGUCAUUCUCUGAUCCUGAUAAUAAUACACUCCUACACACUUUCACACACACUUUCACUGAGAGUGUUUCCAUUCUUUAAUAGUGGUGUAUUUCCUCUGAGUGUUGUAGCAGUGAAGGCCUCUUUGUCAGUACAGCAGCCCAGUUAGAGCAGAAACUGUCUUUGUCUGAACAAGAGCUGACAUGCAGAGAUGGAUGGAGACAUUUGAUUGUCAGUCAUGAGUCACUCACACAGUAACUACAGUCAAUCUAAUAUCUGACCUCCGAGGCAUUGUCCUCUGGGUACUUUAAUUGAAUUUCUGAUAUUCUGUGCUUAGACUCCUCUGAAACAACUGCUGAUUUUCUAUGAUUUAUAACACUAGGUUUGUUAUCCAGGUCUGUGUUUCUACACUGCUGCCACAAGCACAUCAAAAUAUCAGAUCAGUAAAUUGUAAUAAUUCCUUAAUACUUAAUAAGGUUUUAUCACUUGCGCUCAAUCGGACUCGCGGCACCUUGACCAGCAUCUGUUGCACACGGCGGCGCAACCAACACACACUUCAUGCUCUAUAAAUGAAUGAACAUAACCAAAUACUUCAACACUUUCGUUCACCGUGUGUAUUAUCAUGUGUAUUUCAUAAACAUUUAACCUCUCCAGUGAUAAACAGCAAUUAAACCACCCUCCCCUCCCACAGCCUUUCAAAUCUUUAUUCUGUGGAUCUGUUACAAAAUGAUGUGGACAUUUCUGUUGAGUCUCUCCUGUUUAGAGCUUAGCUCAUUUAGAGGGCCAUGUGGUGGACA